AUGUCUACUAAUACUUCGUAUGAAGUCGUGAAAGAAUUUAGCACGGAGGAACUUUUCACUUUCUUAAAUGGAAAGAACUUGGGCCUUAGUGAAAAUGAAAUUCAAAUUUUUCGUGAUCAAGGGAUUGAUGGUGAUAGCUUUCUUAUGUUAAACGAAGAAAGACUUAAAGAAUGUAACAUUCGAAUGGGACCAAGGGCUAAGCUUGUCAACUUAAUUAAUAAUUUAAAUAGUCGAA